AAGGCCUCUGCAAAUUAAUUUAAAGUUUUGGUCACCCAAUCCCCUCAAAAUUUACUCAAAAAAUCGAGCGGCAAACAAAAUUAUUUCCUAAAAAAAAUUAAUGUUGAUCGAAAAAAAACUUUAUAAAUAAUAUUUGUACCAGCCUUACUAAAGUUGUAACGCUCUAUUAAAAUAUAUCUGUAAACAAAAUCCGUAACGUUUGAAUCAAAACUGUUAUACUGAAAUAAACCCGACUGGAGUGGGUCAACUAUAGUCUUCUCAUCAAACGUGCCAAACUGGCCAGACUGACAGAUUACAUAAGAUAAAAAAAAGUCAUGGCAGUGCAGGACGGAAGGGAGUGGAAAAGUCGAUGGCUUCGAAGACGAUUCGGAAGUGGCAAUUCGCGGGCGGAACUGAUACGACAUCCGGAGCGAGGAUUGUCCGCCGAGGGUUCGCAGGAGAAGGCAUUAUACCCGCGGUUUCAACAAGUACACUCGCAACUGGGAGGACGAGGAAGUGUACUCCAAGUCGAACAACGUGAACAAGCACACACGUCCGCGCAAGUCUCUCCCGCGGCCGGAGGAAUUCCCCGAGCUGGGCGGUGGCGUCGGCGGCAUGAACAACAGCAGUGGCAGCGUUGGCAAGCCGCGCUCUAGCCAAAACAUGCGCCGCACCAGUCGGCAGUCCCGGUGAGCGAUCGAUGAGUGGACCGGUGGAGGUCGUCCGAGGCCGCCGGCUGACCGGCGUCGGGUUGAUCACGAUCGUGGUGGCAUGGAGAGGGAGUACGAUCAACAGGUGCAGCAGCACGAUGGUCAGUAUCGUGAUGGUCGUAACGACGGAAGUCGGUACAGCUCGGACAGGAUGGCGAACUAUAAUAACAAGAAGAAGCUGUUGAACCAGAGGAGUAGCAAGGAGAAGGAUCGUAGAGGUAGUGAUUGCAAGGUGACCACGUCACUGCAGUUCAAGAACCAGACCAUGAACAAGACCAACGAUUGUGGUUUGCCGAUGGUUGGUCCGGGUGGUGUUGCCGGAGGUCAGGUCGAGCACAGAAACAGUGCAGGAGCGCUGUCCGGAAGUGUCCAGAGCAAUAAGAUGAACAACGCAAUUGUUUUACCAGUAGGUGGAGUUCCGGAGCGAAUGUUGGACCAGCGACCGGUUAAGCAGCAUCACUAUUCGAACCAGCUCAGAUGAUUCCGCAGCAGCCUCCGCCGCAUCUUCCCCAACAGCAGGCCCCGAUCCAGCAGGCUCAACCGCAGCCGCAGCAGAUCCAACAGCAGCAGCUCCAUCAACAGCAAUCGCCCUACGACGAUCACUACGAUUUGUACGGGGAUUCGAAGAUGCCAUGUUCCCGUACAAUCCGCCGGCAAACGCCACCAUCCAGUCGGUCGAGAUUGGAAAAAGGACAUUCCCAAGUACCCGCCGCCGCAGGCGCAACGCCUCAGCAAAGAUCGUCAGCAGCCGCUUCCGGCAGGCUUGCCGGCAACCCACCCCGCCAGAUCUUUGCGACGCCGCAGCAACAACAGCUGUACCAGUAUUUAUUUAUUAUUCUGUAAUCACAAUUUCUAAAUACAGAUAUAAUUUUCAAGAUCUUUAAAAUUUGGUGCUGCUCCUGACGGCACCCGCAAAUGAACGCCUCAACUUACCAACUUGAUAAUUCCAAUCGUAAACAAUCGACGUGUUCGUCAAUCGUAAACAAUCGACAUUUACUUCAAUCUCCAAUCACUAAACACACCACUUUUACAAUUAGGAAAUCUUCAAAACAUUCCUGCACUCUUCCUCGGAAGCAUCAUGAAUAAUGAACUGUCAUUGGCAAUAACAAUCUCUUUGAAUUGAAAUUUACGCUUUU